CCUCCCCAUGGGCUCCUGUGCGGCCCGAGCCUCCCCGACGAGCGCCGCCCCCUGCUCCACGGUGCCCGGUCCCAUCGACCACUCAAGGGCUGAGGAGUGUGGGCGCGCGGUGUGGGACUGGCAGGCAGCUCCACCUGCAGCCCCAGUGCGGAUCCACUGGGUGAAGCCAGCUGGGCUCCUGAGUCUGGUGGGGACGUGGAGAACAUUUUUGUCUAGCUCAGGGAUUGUAAAUACACCAAUCAGCACCCUGUGUCUAGCUCAGGGUUUGUGAGUGCACCAAUCGACACUCUGUAUCUAGCUACACUGGUAAGGACUCGGAGAACCUUUGUGUCCACACUCUGCAUCUAGCUAAUCUGGUGGGGACGUGGAGAACCUUUGUGUCUAACUCAGGGAUUGUAAACGCACCAAUCAGCACCCUGUCAAAACAGACCACUAGGCUCUCUGCAAAAUGGACCAAUCAGCAGGAUGUGGGUGGGGCCAGAUAAGAGAAUAAAAGCAGGCUGCCCACGCCAGCAGCUGCAACUCGCUGGGUGCCUUUCCACAGUGUGAGCGCUUUGUUCUUUUGCUCUUGCAAUAACUCUUGCUGCUGCUGCUCAGUCUUUGGGUCCACGCUGCCUUUAUGAGCUGUAACACCGCGAAGGUCUGCAGCUUCACUCCUAAAGCCAGCGAGACCACGAAUCCACCAGGAGGAAUGAACAACUCCAGACGCGCGGCCUUAGGAGCUGUAACACUCACCGCGAAGGUCCGCAGCUUCACUCCUGAGCCGGCGAGACCACGAACCCACCAGAAGGAAGAAACUCCGGACACAUCGGAACAUUAGAAGGAACAAACUCCGGACAUGCCGCCUUUAAGAACUGUAACACUCACCGCAAGGGUCCACAGCUUCAUUCUUGAAGUCAGGGAGACCAAGAACCCACCAAUUCUGGACACAGUCUGAGGCAGAAACAGGCCUGAGAAGUGAAGCGUCUGCCCUGAGGUUAUGGGGGCAUGACUCCUCAAGCAGUCAGCUGUGGCUUCUUCCACUUCUGGUGGACAAGUCUUCACCCCAACCCCUGAGGCAUCUGGAUAGGGCCCAGGGCUGCUUCCUUUCUGGUCCCUAACAGCCAGCCCAGAGGAUGUGGCUGAAGAGAUGCAAUCAGUAGCCUCAGCCUCACACUCUACAGGUGGGAGAAGCGAGCACCAGCUGAAGGCCAGAAAAGCCAUCCCCCACCUGUGCUCUGUUUGCUGUUACCAGAGCUCAGGGGUUUGAUCCUAAUAGCCUUCCGUAGAGGAGGAAACAGAGGCAUAAAAAAGUAAACUGGCGUCCGGGCGUGGUGGCUUAUGCCUGUAAUCCCAGCACUUUGGGAGGCCGAGGAGGGGGGAUCCCAGUACUUCGGGAGGCUGAGCCAGGAGAAUUGCUCAAACCUGAGAGGAGGAGGUUUCAGUGAGCCAAGACAGUACCAUUGUACUCCAGUAUAGGCAACAAGAGCAAAACUCCAUCUCAAAAACAAACAAGUACUCUGGGCCAGGUGCGGUGGCUCACACCUGUAAUCCCAGCACUUUGGGAGGCCAAGGUGGGUGGAUCACAUGAGUUCAGGAGUUCGAGACCAGCCUGACCAACACGGUGAAACCCUGUCUCUACUAAAAAUACAGAAUUAGCCGGGCAUGGUGGCCCAUGCCUGUAAUCCCAGCUACUCAGGAGGCUGUGACAGGGGAAUCACUUGAACCUGGGAGGCAGAGGCUGCAGUGAGCUGAGAUCGUACCACUGCACUCCAGCCUGGGUAACAGAGUGAGACUCCAUUUCGAAAAAACCCAAAACAACAACAACCCCACCACACCUGCUUCUGACCCUGGCUCUGCCACUGACCAGCUGUGUGACCACAGACAGGACCGGACCUGGUGAAGCUGUUUCCACAUGUGUGCUACAGAGCGCCCAGACGACGGCGAGAUGACGGCCGGGAGCCCCGAAGAAUGCGGGGAGGUGCGGAGGAGCCCCGAGGGCCGCGUCUCUCGCUUGGGCCGCCGCCUGGGCCGCCGCCGGCGCCCGCGCUCCCCGCCCGAGCCUCUGCGGGUGCGGGCGCGGCUGCGGCUGCGCUCGCCGUCGGGGGCGUUCGCGGCGCUGGGGGCGCUCGUGGUACUGGUGGGUAUGGGCAUUGCAGUGGCCGGCUACUGGCCGCACCGGGCCGGGGCCCCAGGGUCCCGGGCUGCCAAUGCCAGCUCGCCCCAGAUGAGCGAGCUGCGACGCGAGGGUCGCGGCGGGGGCCGGGCUCACGGCCCGCAUGAGCGGCUGCGGCUCCUCGGGCCGGUGAUCAUGGGCGUCGGCCUGUUCGUGUUCAUCUGCGCCAAUACGCUGCUGUAUGAGAACCGAGACUCGGAGACGCGACGGCUCCGCCAGGGGGUGCUGCGGGCCCAGGCGCUCCGGCCCCCCGACGGCCCCGGCUGGGACUGCGCCCUCCUUCCCAGCCCCGGCCCUAGGACUCCCCGAGCCGUGGGCUGCGCAGAGCCAGAAAUCUGGGACCCGUCCCCGCGUCGGGGUACUUCACCCGUCCCGUCAGUGCGGAGUCUGCGUUCAGAGCCUGCUAAUCCUCGCUUGGGGUUACCUGCCCUGCUCAACAGCUACCCGCUGAAGGGCCCCGGGCUGCCCCCACCCUGGGGUCCACGGACGCAGACUGGCCAUGUGAUCACCGUGCAGCCGCCUGGCUCCUGCAUUGAACAUUCCAAGUCUCUGGAUCUGGGCCUCGGGGAGCUCCUCCUUGGGGCCCCGGCAGCUCGGGACUGUGCUCACCGAAGCUGGCCACGGCUGGACCGCCUCAGUCUUGGGGGCUAUGCGAAAUUGGGAGGAGGAGGGGACUUGGGGGCCCGCGUCUGAAGAGAAGGGAGACAGCCUGCUCUGAGGCUGCAGCAUGGACCAUGCUAAUAGGACCAGAGGACCAGGAUUCUCAACGUCUAACAGAUGCUUCAGUCACAUCCCAGGCUGGGGAUGGAUGCUCUGACCACAGCAGCUGUGAAGGGCAUCCUGACCUGCAUGUGGGCAGAGAAAUGCCAGCUGCACCAGGGCUCAGUGAGCUGGAGAGGGUGCGUUUCACUGUGCAGUGUGGAGGACUCACCUCAGGAAUUUCUUCAGCCUCUGUAAGUGGCCUUAGCCCUAAGGGGGCUGGAGGUCCAGGCCAAGGUGACUGGGAGAUGUACCCAGUGAAUUGGCAAACCGAAGAAAGUGGUGGGCAAGGGCCCCUAAGACUGGGAGGUAGGUUGGGAUGUUACAGGCUGGGGCAGGCUCCCUCCAAGGCGGCACUGGUGAUGGAGUGUGGGGCCUCUGGGAAGAUGGACCAUGGGAUGAGACUCCCCAUUGCCAUCUGGGAUGAGGACUGAGCCUUGAACUCCUACCCCCAGUCCCUUUCCUCCCUCCGCCAUCUGGGGUACAUCCCUCUAGAGCUACACUACUGCCAAUGCCUUCAUACUGAGGUCUGGGCCCCUCUGCAAAUACGUAAGUCUGAGAAGGCCCUUCUCUCCGUCCUUUAUCGUGGCCUGUGCUGCAGAAUCUCACUGCAGCUGGCAAAAGGCAUUGGCCAGCUCUCAGAAAUCCCUUUACUCAACGUUGAAGCUGCAUUUUGUUCAAUGUGGGUAACUUACUUUAGAAAAUGACUUGAGUUUAGGUCUCCCCCAUCCAUAUUUAAUUUUUCCCAAGUUGUUGGUAGAAGAGCAAUUUAAAAGUGGAUCAAUCCUCAGAGUCAGUUCUUUUUGUUGCUGUUUAUUGAAAAAAAUGCAAUACAAGAAGCAAUACCAAACACUAUCUAAACACUACAACCACUUCUCCUACUACGAAAGGCCAAAACAGCAGACUUGAUUAUUGCCUGUGUAGUCUAAGGAUUCUGCCAAUCUGAUUCUGCUGCCCGAGUUCCUAUUUUUUCAAGAAAUGUAAACAACUACUUGAUAUGAUUCAUAAUUUUAAAAAAAAUUUACAAAGCUCCUUCAUUUUUGUCACCAAAAUAAUACAUUUGAGAGAGAUGUGCAGAAACCAGCCUGGGGCUGAGAUCCGGGGCAGACAUUUCCCGUGAGCAUCAAAGGGCGUCAGGCCACAGCUCCGGCUCCAUUUCCCCAGGCCUGUGGUCUCCUCAGGCCCAGCUGCCAAGCAUCCCCCCAACACACACGGCCCGGCGGGGGGCGGGGAGGGCGAUGGGUCACGGUGCCCUGACAGGUCCUGCAGUUGGGCUCCCUGAGCCCUCGGCUUAUAAAUACAGGUCUUGCUUUGUGGGUGGGUGCCAGAGUCCUCAUGUGGCUUGGAGGAAAUCUUUUAUUUCUCAAAUUAAAAUUGCAGCAAGA